AUGGCCGCCUCAGGUAUGACGGUACCUGCGCUGGUGGUGACCUCUUUGGGUAUGAUUUUCUUGUUGUUGGCUUACGCCAGUCCGAACUGGGUUCAAUCUUACGAGGCGGCAGAAAAUCCUUUUGUAAAAUGUGGUCUUUGGGAAUUUUGUUUCAACGACUAUACGUUUCCUGCUGACUUCAAGGGCAGACGCUGGAUUGGUUGCUGGUACAUCUUCUCUGCGGACAUUCGAGAUAUGUGGGAAUACCUUUCCCCCCCUUGGUUCAUCUCUGUGGAGGUGAUGAUGAGUGUGGUUUGCCUGGCCCAGAUUGGAUGUUUCGUCAUCGUUUUUCUGGUUCUGUUACGAUGCCUGCAUGCCUCUAUGAACUACAAUCUGCUAAACCUGGCGACUGUGGCUAUACUCGUGGCGGCUGCAUUGAGUCUCAUAUCGCUUGCCGUGUUUGGACAUUUUAAGGAGUCUCGUCGCUGGAUGUACCGACCAGACCAGAAUUUCCUGUCGUGGUCGUUUGGCUGUGCUGUCAUUGCCAUGCUCUUCCAGCUCAUCCAGGGAGCUCUCUUCUGGAAAAUGGGCAAACAAUGUUACGAAGAGGGAAUCAAGAACCCACCGGCUCCUCCCAUGAGGUCCUACGAUUACGAAAUGAAACCAGGGACAACAGCGACUAUCAAGAUGGCGGCCGACAGAUUCUUCAAGUACGGCUUUAUCCUAUCCUUAAUAUCUGCCUUGUGUGUAUUCGUGUCUUUCGUGACGCCGUACUGGAUGGAACAGCGGCAGUAUGGCGACUCGAAACACAAAUUCAUCCGAUGCGGGCUGUGGCAGUUCUGCCUCAACGAAUGGAACUUCCCUCAGGAUUACAUGGGCAAAAACUACUCAGGCUGCUGGUAUAUAUUCGCCCGUGAAUACGACUACGUGAGAAAAUAUAUGCUGCCAGGUUGGUUCAUUGCCGUCCAGUUCUUCAUGAGCCUGAACAUGCUCAUAGCGGGCUUGGCAUGUCUGAUACAGGUGCAGUAUCUUCUGGGAAGUCUCUUCUCACCUCUCUACCAGAAGGUCUCCUGCUUCCUUAGCUUCUUCUCAGCUGCACUGUCAACGUUGUCGGUGACCAUCUUUGGUGUCCGUUCUCAGGACAGAUUCUGGAUGCCCCAGCCCGAUCGUAACUUUCACUCGUGGUCCUUUGGGAUUUGUGUCCUGGCUGGAUUCUUCUCUGUGUUCUCCGGAAUGUCGCUGAUCGUUUCAUGUCUCCGAGACCACUUCUUCAACCAGCCAGAGGAGCACUAUGGAUCUGAUAAGAGGCGGGACUGACCUGUCAAUCAAGCUGUUCUUUACGCCAAUCAUUUUCUGCUAAGGGUGUGGCUAGAACUGUCAAUCACAGAUGGACAGUGGAAGGAAACUUACAUUCUACCUUCAAUCACUGAAAGAAGGGAUGAUAGGGGAGGGGUCAAAAGUUUUGAAUGACAGUUAGUCACCAAUAUAAGGCAAACUGCAUGUAAAUAGGCUGAAAUUUAAAAACCAGUCAUGGAGUUAAAAUUGACAAUUGGUGAAAUAAAUUAACCUACCACUGGCUUUAUUCAUCCUACCAAGUAGGAAUCCUGGCUAUUCAUAGAAAAGGAUGUACCAAAUCCUCACCAGAUAUGUCAAUCAAAUUUCGGCGGCCAACAUACCCUCCCCACCCUCUGUGUUAACAGUUAAGCAUUUUCAAAUCUGUACAAGUUCAGUGUGUUUUAUACUUAAUGAUAUAAAUCCAAUUCCUUGAAAUGAUACGUGUAUCUAUAUAUAUAUAUAUAUAUAUAUAUAUGUAUGUAGCACCAAUAAUUUGCCCUUACUGAGUCAAUUCCCUUAUUCGUCUACAUAUUCAGCUUUAAACGCUUGAUUAUGUUUGAUCAGAUCAAAUCAAUAAUUGAUGAGAAUCCUUUGACUCAACCACUUCAUUGUUCUGCUUGAUUAUACUAUAUAUUGGCGUUUAGUGGAAGAUCUUUAGCGCAGGCAGCAUUUGUUCAAAAAGUGUAUUAUUAAUUCCGAAACCAGGCUUAAAU